AACGCACCAAGUAAGAUUCCCGCAGAAUGCCCAACACUAAAAAUAUAAAUUGCCAUUUGUUUUCUAUUUUCUAAUAUUCAAAUGCAAAAAAAUUUAUUAAAGCGCUUCCGGCCUCAUAAUAACAGGAGGCAGGCGAUGCCGGUAAGCCUGCAACGGAAAAUAAAUAAAUUCUUACAUCUCUAAUUUGUUGGGAAAAAAUGGAAAUCUUUUGGAUCUACAUUUAUUUAGAAAAGGAAGAUCUUCGUUCUGCUUUAUAAAUUCUUAGGAAAAACGUAGGAGCUAACUCAAUUCAACAAUAUAGAGAAUUGCGAUAGAUAUUUAAUCUGAAUUGCUGUAGAAUGACGCAAACAUGGUUUUUUCAAAAUAUAGAGAAUUGCCAUAGGUAUUUAGUCUGAAUUGUCGAAGAACAAUACAAUUAAGGGUUCCCAGCCUGAAGAAAUUGAAAGGAUUUGAGAGGUAUAGUGCAAAUAAGGGUUUGCAGUAAGAAUAAAGUAGAGAGGAAAAUUCAUGAAGUUGAGAUCUUACCUGUAGGCAACAAUGGCGUCUUCCCAAACCCUAGGAGGUAGUACCCGGCUGGGUCGUGUUCUGGGAACUUCGCUUGACAAAAUAAUUAAGAAUGCUGCAUGGCGAAAGCAUAACAAACUGGUUACCCAUUGCAAAGCCGUGCUGGAUAAGCUUCCCGAAAUAAUAUCAGACUCUUCUGAAACUUCUGAAAAAGAUCUAUUUAGUUGUUGUCUGUUCAAUAAUAAUUUGGCUUGUUUUAGCCCUUCCGAUGAAGAAUUCAUACUGGAACCCUUGCUUAUGGCCUGUGACACUGGAUCUGUCAAGGUCAUUGAGCCUGCCGUGAACUGUAUUCAGAAAUUGAUCAUUUAUUCGCAUUUAUGUGGUGAAGUUGACAGUAGGGAGAGGGGAAACCCUAACUUGUUUCAGAUUUUUGAGUCGGUGUGUAAAUGCCAUGAUCUGGGAGAUGAAAACAUGGAGCUUGUUGUGCUCAAGACUUUACUUUCUGCGGUGACAUCAGUGUCACUGCAUAUUCAUGGUGAUACCCUGCUUCAGAUUGUGAGAACUUGCUAUAAUAUUUACUUGGGGAGUAAGAAUGUUGUCAAUCAAGUCACUGCUAAGGCUUCACUGGUACAGAUGCUUGUUAUUGUAUUUCGUAGAAUGGAGGCUGAUUCUUCCACUGUUCCGGUGCAGCCCAUUGUUGUUGCAGAUCUCUUCGAAACGAGUGAAAAAUCAUCCCCAGUUGACUAUAUCAAUGUGCUUCAUUUUGUGCAGAAUUUUAUUAGCAAAGUAAUUGAGGACAUUGAAGGGGUGUUGAAUCCCACUACUUCGUUGAAGUCUAUGGGGCAUGAGGAUGAUGAUGCAUUUAAGGCCACUGUUUCCGGUGAUGGUGGCAGUGCAGAUCCAGAAUAUUUGUCUGAUCAAUUGACCGACAAGGAUAUGCUGGAUGCUAAAUAUUGGGAGAUUGGCAUUUUUGAGAGUGCAAGGAAUGGUGAUUUAGUAAAUGGAGAUGCAGAGAAAGAUGGCGGAGAUCUUGAAUUUCAGAUCAGUAAUAAACUACGCCGCGAUGCAUUUUUAGUAUUCAGGGCUUUGUGUAAGCUUUCAAUGAAGACAGCCACAGAAGAAGGUGGUUCUGUGGAGCAGGUGUUGAUGAGAGGGAAGAUUCUUUCACUGGAGUUGCUGAAGAUAUUGCUUGAGAAUGCUGGAUCAGUUUUCCAAACAAGCAAGAGGUUUCUUGGUGCAAUCAAACAGUAUCUCUGUCUGUCACUUCUGAAGAACAGCACAUUGUCACUGACAAACAUUUUUCAACUUAACUGCACUAUCUUUAUGAGUUUGGUAUCAAGAUUCAGAGCUGGACUGAAGGCUGAGAUUGGAGUCUUUUUUCCAAUGCUAAUUCUCCGCGCCCUAGAAAAUGUUGCUCAGCCAAACUUUCAGCAUAAGAUGAUAGCUCUUCGUUUCCUGGAUAAACUUUGCACAGAUCCACAAAUUCUGGUUGACAUUUUUGUUAAUUAUGACUGUGAUGUUGAAUCUCCAAAUAUUUUUGAAAGGAUGGUCAAUGGACUCUUGAAAACUGCUCAAGGUGUGCAUCCAGGAGCUGCUACUAUAUUGUCUCCUGUGCAGGAUGCUACAUUUAAACUGGAAGCCAUCAAAUGCUUGGUUGGAAUCUGUAGAUCUAUGGGAGUUUGGAUGAACAGACAGUUACACAUGCCAGAUUCUCAGUUGCCAAGAACUUCUGUAGCAGAUGAUCAGAAUUCAGAUACUACAAAUACAAGUCCAGCAAAUGGAACUGGUGAGGAUGCAGCGAAUGGAGUGCAGCUGCUUGGGGAAACCAACAAAGAUAUAUCAGAAGCUGCUACAUUUGAGCAGCGUCGUGCUUACAAACUGGAACUACAGGAAGGGAUUUCACUUUUCAACAGAAAGCCAGGUAAGGGCAUUGAAUUUCUUGUCAAUGCAAAAAAGAUUGGGGACACACCUGAGGAGAUAGCAACAUUCUUGAAAAAAGCUUCUGGCUUGAAUCAGACUAUGAUUGGGGAUUAUUUAGGAGAAAGGGAAGGUCUUCCUCUGAGAGUCAUGCAUGCAUAUGCUGACUCUUUUGAUUUUGAAGGAAUGGAAUUUGAUCAAGCAAUUAGGUCUUUUUUACAAGGUUUCAGAUUACCUGGUGAAGCACAGAAAAUUGAUCGCAUUAUGGAAAAAUUUUCAGAGCGCUAUUGCAAAUGCUAUCCAAAGGCAUUUUCUAGUGCAGACACUGCAUACGUGCUUGCUUAUUCUGUGAUCUUGCUCAACACAGAUGCACACAAUCCAAUGGUCAAAAACAAGAUGUCAAAAGCUGAUUUUUUAAGAAACAAUAGAGGAAUAGAUGAUGGAAAGGAUUUACCAGAAGGUUACCUUGGUUCUUUAUAUGAUCGUAUAGUAAAGUCAGAGAUCAAAAUGAAAGCAGAUACCUUAACUCUUCCGAGUAAACAGCCUACCAAUGAAAACAAGAUUUUGGGUUUAGACAGUAUACUUAAUCUAGUCAUUCGUAAGCGUGGGGAUGAGAAAGUAAUGCAGAAGAAUGACGAGCUUAUUAGACAUAUGCAAGAACAAUUUAAAGCAAAGACUGGCAAAUCUGAGUCAGUAUAUCAUGCUGCCACAGAUAUAGAAAUCUUGAGGUUCAUGUUGGAGGUUUGCUGGGCUCCAAUGCUAGCAGCAUUUAGUGUUACUCUGGGCCAAACUGAUGAUGAAGUGUCAACAUUUGAGUGUCUUCAAGGCUUCCGUUAUGCAAUUCAGGCUACAGCUGUCAUGGGUAUGCAAACUCAACGUGAUGCUUUUGUCACUUCACUUGCAAAGUUCACAUCUCUCCACUCGGCUGCUGACAUUAAGCAGAAGAAUAUUGGUGCCCUCAAGGCCAUUAUCACUAUUGCUGACGAAGAUGGUAACUAUCUCCAAGGGGCCUGGGAACAUAUUUUAACAUGUCUCUCUCGUUUUGAGCAGUUGCAUCUGUUGGGAGAGGGUGCUCCUCCAGAUGCCACCUUUUUUACAGUGCCUCAAAAUGAAUUAGAAAAGAUCAAGCAUCCUUUAUCCCCUGUUUUCCAUUCACAAAAGAGAAAGGGAGCAGGUCAGCUCCAACAUGCAGUAACAGCAGGUACAAUUGCCCGACGGGGAUCAUAUGAUAGUGUUGGUGUUGGGGGUAAUGCUUCAGGAAUAGUAACCCCAGAGCAGAUGAACAAUUUAGUUUCCAACUUGAACAUGCUUGAACAGAUUGGCAAUUUUGAGAUGAAUUGCAUAUUUGUUCAUAGUGAGAGGUUGAACAGUGAGGCAAUAGUUGAUUUUGUAAAGGCCCUUUGCAAGGUCUCAAUAGAAGAGCUGCGCUCUCCUACUGACCCUCGAGUUUUCAGCCUCACCAAGAUUGUGGAAAUUGCGCAUUAUAAUAUGAACCGCAUCAGGCUGGUUUGGUCUCGUAUCUGGAAUGUGCUAUCAAGUUUCUUUGUCACCGUUGGAUGCUCAGAAAAUCUUUCUAUUGCUAUUUUUGUGAUGGAUUCUCUACGGCAGCUAGCCAUGAAAUUUUUAGAACGUGAGGAGCUUGCAAAUUAUAAUUUUCAGAAUGAAUUCAUGAAACCAUUUGUGAUUGUUAUUCAACAGAGCAGCUCCAUAGAAAUCAGGGAAUUAGUUAUCCGAUGUGUUUCUCAAAUGGUUUUAGCACGUGUCAACAAUAUUAAAUCGGGAUGGAAAAGCAUGUUCAUGGUAUUUACAAUAGCAGCGGCAGAUGAUCACAAGAAUAUUGUGCUUUUGGCAUUUGAGACCAUUGAAAAAAUAGUACGAGAUUAUUUUCCUUACAUAAUUGAAACAGAGACUACCACUUUCACUGAUUGUGUCAACUGUCUGAUAGCAUUUAUGAACACCAGAUUCAACAAGGAUAUUAGUCUCAAUGCAAUAGCAUUUCUUCGAUUCUGUGCUCUGAAACUAGCCGAGGGGCGGCUUAUAUCUUCUCUGAAAAACAAGGACAAGGAAAAAUUUGUAAAACCUGGUGUUCCACUUGCUUCUGGAUGUAAUGGAGACAUAGACAGCCCAAAAUUCACUGACAAAGAUGACCAUUUGUCUUUCUGGUCCCCUUUAUUAGCAGGAUUUUCUAAACUCACAUUUGAUCCCAGACCAGAUAUUAGGAAAAGUGCAUUGCAAACUCUUUUUGACACGCUUCAACAUCACGGGCAUCUAUUCUCUCCUGCUCUUUGGGAACGGGUGUUUGAAUCGGUUCUUUUCCCUUUAUUUUUCUAUGUUCCACAUGACUCAAGUCCUGUAUCAAGUAGCUUACGAUCAAAUGAUCUAGAAAGUAAAUAUACUGAUCUUAAUGAAGAUGAUUGGAUUUCUGACACAUUUACAUUGGCACUGCAACUCGUUGUGGACCUCUUUGUCAAGUUCUACCCUCUGGUGAAUCUGUUACUUGGGAACAUGUUGAAGCAUCUUACUACUAUUAUAAAGCGGCCCAUUCAAAACUUGGCUGGCAUUGGUGUAUCUGCUUUUAUUCGUUUGAUGAAUAAUGCUGGUACUCUCUUUUCAGAUGAUGAAUGGCAACAGGUUUUAUCAUUUUUGAAAACAACGGCUGAAGAAACAGUUCCAGAAUUUGCUCAGAUUGUUUACAUCAUGGCUGACAUUGAGACAUCAGACAGUGCAGAAGAGGAUCCUACAAAGUCUAGCAAUCCCGUCUUUGUCAAUGGUACAAUUUCUACUCAAGAAGCUGAAAAUAGGGAUGAAAACAGAUUAAGACUUGCUGUCUCUGAUGCAAAAUGUCGUACAGCAGUACAACUCCUCCUAAUCCAGGUUAUUAUGGAAAUACAUAAUAGGCAUGGGGAACGGCUCUCAGCAGCAAACACUAUUGCGCUUCUAGACAUACCCUAUUCUAUUGCAGUUCACGCACAUAAUGUGAACAGUGACUAUCCUUUGCGCUUGAAGGUUCAGGAAGUUAACUCAAUAACCCAGAUGCCAGAUCCUCCUUUACUUAGUCUGGAGAGUGAAUCCUACCAAGCAUUCCUUAAAUUGCUGCAGAAUGUGGCACAUGAUAAACCUAUUCUUGCAAAAGAAAUUGAAGUAGAAUCCCGUCUUGUACAAUUGUGUGAAGAUGUUUUGCAGGUUUACAUAAAUGCAGCAACACCUGAACCCUUUUCUGGAUCAUAUGAUGAUCUUGCAAAAGCACACAGGAUUAUUCCUCUGCAUUCUGCAAGGAGGAGCGAAUUGGCUUCUCGAGCUCCAUUAGUUGUGGCAACUUUGCAAGCUAUUAGUCAGUUGAAGAUUGCUACAUUCAAGAGAUAUCUGUCUCGACUUUUUCCACUUUUAUCAAGCCUAAUCAGCUGUGAGCACGGUACAGGAGAAGUGCAGCUGGCAUUAAGUAACAUACUCAGUUCAUGCAUAGGUCAAAUUUUGUUGCAGGCUUGAGGAAUGGCCAUAGUUGUAUCACACUAGCUUUGGCACUGUUUUCAUUGACAGGUUGAAAGAUGCAUGUUUUGAUGCUUUGAUUUAAUGUCACUGCCUUACAUGUUAAAGCUUUACUGAAGUAUUGCAGUUGGUAUUGUUAUGGAUAUUUCAUCCUGAAUGCAAUGGCUGCAUUUUAACUGUUCAGUUGAGCAUUGGUUUGGGGCUCUUGGCAAUCAUAAUCAGACAUAUCAGAGGCAGAGGUUAUUAUUGGUUCUGGUCCCUAUAAUGAUUUGAAUGUUUUUGCAUACAGUGUUCCUGAAGCAGAUAAAUCAUAUGUAAUAAGUAUCAGGCACUGGGUGAUUUGGUGCUCAGUAUAGCAGAUAAUCACUAUCUUAGCUGGUUACAGAUGUAACCAGAGAACCCAGGCGGUUUAUCAAGUUUAAGAGCCAUUGGAGCAAGCAGUCUAUAUUUUUUGUAUACAGGAUCCCUGCUUUCAGUUUAUCUGAUUCAUUAUUAAUUCAAGUUUUAAAUGUCCAUGGUAUUUUGGAGACCAUGUAGAUGGAGAAAAUAAUUCUCUGUUUUUUUUGAAUAAAUCAAUAAAAUUAUAGCAGGAUGGUACACUGA